AUGUCGUCGGUGACAUUCAUAUACACAGCCGAAGAGUUCGAAGGAGCCCGAAGUCUGACCAAAUCAUGCUCCUCGGACGUGCAAAUCGUGUACAAGACGGCAUGGUUGACCAAAGAGGUCUAUGUCUGCCCCCGAGGCAUCUCAGUAGACGCAGGCAAUCCCUCUGCUUGCGGUGGAUUGUGCAGGAAAACGCAGGGCGAUGAGGACGAUGAGUUUGUCGAUGAGCACGUACUGAAAAGGUGGUGA